AUGGGUCUCAUCGAAAAGUUCUUACCUAAGGAUGACCGCUUUGCGGCCCUCCUGUUGUAUGGCAUGGUCUUUUCAACAUGUUUCAAUGGAUACGAUGCUGGAAUCAUGACAGUCAUUCUGGCCGAUAAACAGUUCAUCGAGUACUAUGGGAUCAACGACAACAAGUCAGGUCUAGUUGCGACGAUACCAUGGGCAAUGACAGGUUUCGCUCAGCUCUGGUUUGGAGGCCAGCUCGCAAGUUGGCUUGGUCGUCUCUGGGCUCUCCGAAUCUCCAUUUGCAUCAUGAUCAUUGGCGUUGUUGUCGAAGUCGUCCCGAAUAGUUUCGGCGUUUUAAUCUUCGGAAGACUUCUAACAGGUCUAGGCUUCGGGUGUGUAUCAAUCGCCACCAACCUCUACGUUGCAGAAUGCGCACCCACCAAGCUCCGUGGUAGCUUCGUUGGAACAGUGGCCCAAUUCGGCUAUCAGCUCGGCACCCUGAUCGCCUUCUGGUCUGGCUAUGGAAUGUCCUUCCACAAGUCGCCUUACAACAUCGCCUGGCGUGUCUCCAACAUCAUCCAGAUACCUAUUGGGUUGGCUUUCAUCGUGAUCUCGUUCUGGUACCCUGAAAGCCCACGUUACAUGCUAGAGAAGCACCCGGAGGCGCCCGAGUGGGCGCUGAAAGUCCUCAGCAGACUCAGAUCUGGUGCACCAACUGACGAACGUAUCCGGACGGAAUUUCAUGAGCUUGUUGCUUCGUAUGAGUUCCGUCGGAGAUAUGAUACUGGGUAUGUUGGGCUUUUCAAGGAUAAGAGUAUGCGCAAGCGCUUGCUUUACGGAGUCUUUGCGGCGAGUCUUCAGCAGUGCGGUGGUAUUGCUUCACUUACUAUGUACGCCACGCUGAUCUAUCAAAGUCUUGGAUGGGACUCUGGCUCGCAGGCUUUGACAAUCAAUGGAAUCCAGUCUGUUCUCCAGCUGCUCAUUGUCUUUGUUAACACAUUCACUGUGGACAAAUUCGGUCGACGGGUCCUGCUGAUGGCUGGGUUUGCUAUUCAGUCACUGGCUCUCUUGAUCAUGUCUUGUCUUACAACUGCUUACCCGACAAAUGGCAACAAGGCUGCUGCUGUUGUGGAGGUUGCAAUGUUGUUCAUUGUUGGUUUGACUUAUUGUUGGUCCAAUGGUCCUGUUGCUCCAACAGUGGUGACGGAGAUUUUCCCUCAGCAUGCCUUCGGAUUAUCUAUGCUCGGUCAAACAUGCUGGCUUAUUAUACUCACGCAGUCUUGGCCAUCCUUUAACAACAGAGUCGGCGGUCACAGCUAUUGGCUACUGUUCGGUCUGAAUGUAGCUGCCGGGAUAUCUGUCUACUUCAUUCUCCCAGAAACUAAGGGUAUCUCUCUUGAGCGAAUGGACACAAUCUUUGGCGGGCUGGAUAAUGUGGCGGCUGGGGAAUCUGAAGGGAGAUCUGAAAAACUUGAAGCCAUGGCCGUCAUGAACGAAGGAGAGAAGGCCCCAAUUGCUCACCUGGAGGAUAUGGCCCAAGUACGCCCUUCCAAAGGACCGGAGAGGUCUUCUGUUUGA